AUGGCCGAAGAAAUAACAGGGGAAUUAGAGAUCGAAGAAAUGGAACUAGAUGAGGAAAACCUCGCCCGUUUAAUCUCGAAUGAUGAGGAAAGCGAACAGCAGAACAUGCAAGACGACGGGCAUGAAGGGCAAGCCGGCGAUAGUCAAGAAGACAUGAUGCAGGAUUGCGAGCAUUGUGAACACGAUGAUGAAGAAAAAGUUAUUAUCACUGAAACAGCGUUUGCCUUUUUAACUCAGCAGAAUACAGUUUCGGACAUCGUUGGCCCUCGCCUGUUCAUCGGCGGCCUUAACAGCGGAACGACUGAUGACGAUUUCAGGGAACACUUUGAAAAGUACGGCAAGAUGACUGAAUGCAGCAUCCCCAGAAAGGGGACAGAAGAAGGCAAGAUUGGCAAAUCCAGAGGAUUCGGAUUUGUUACCAUGACGACCAUGGCAGAAACCGAGGCCGUCUUGAAAGACACCCAUGUCAUCAAGGACAAGGUGGUGACAGUCGCGAUCUCCCGACCACCGGAUGCACCAGAGAGAAAACUCCGCCUCAGCGUAAGGAAUCUGGACGUUGAGAAAACGACAGAGGAGACGUUAGCAGCUCACUUCGGCCGAUUUGGCAUCGUCGCCAACUGCAACAUCUCCAAGAAGCAAGUUGACGGCAAGGUGGUAUCCAGGGGAAUCGGCUAUGUUACCAUGACAACGGAGGAGGAAGUACAAGCGGUCUUGAACGGCUGCAUCAACGGGCACCAGACUGUCGACGAAAAAACGGUUGACGUCAAACGGGUCUCUCGUGGCACACAAACUCAGGACAGGCUCCGUAAGCUGUGGUUCGGGGGGCUGGACAAGGACAAAACCACCGAGUCGGACGUGGCCGACUACUUCAGCGCCUUUGGGGCGGUCACAGACUGCGUCAUUGUCCGGGACCCUCCGGAGACGGAAGGAGGAGAGUGCAAAUCCAAAGGCUACGGCUUCAUCAAUAUGGCUAGCGUUGGAGAAACGGUCGCCAUCUUGAAGCACACAGGACCGCAUAAAAUCCACGGCAAGGAAUUGAUCUUCAAUCGGGUACCCCUACCACCGUCACAGAAUGAUUAUGAUCGCCAACCAGUCAAAGAAAUUUACGUCUCAGGACUCAAAGAUGGAACCCUCACAAUGGAUGAUUUAAGGGCGUACUUCAACACGCACGCAAACGUGAGGAACAUCACCAUGAUCAAGGACGAAGGUGCAGCUAGAAUACUGCUGGGCAGUGCUGAUGAUGCCGUGAAGCUCGCACAUAUGCAGGAUCACUGUGUUAAAAAGUACUGGCUGAUUGUGAGAAUGGCGGACCCACAGUCGGCUGUUAAACCAGACAAGUCCAAGAAACCAGCUGCUAAACAGAAGCAGAGUGUCAACAAGAAAGGUUCUGGCAACCAGUCGAGUUCAGUGAAAAGUUCAGGCAGUGCCAGUAGUGCUGGCCAGCAGUCUAAGAACUCCAGACGUCGUAGAACCUCGCAAGGCAGCUCGCGUCAAUCUCAAGGCCCAAGACAAGCACGAGGUUUUGGCAGCUCAGGGGGUAGACAGUAUCGCAACCAGCCCAUGCCAGGUGGAUAUGUACCCUCUCGGCAAGCUGGGAUAGCAGAUUAUUUUUAUGAGAAGGAUCCCUCUGGAUAUGGGCCUGUCAGAGGUAGGGGACUUUCACUUAGUGUGCCACGGGGUCACGCACAAGGCCGGGGUGGGGGAAGUGCCAGUGGCUGGGUGUUUGUAGACAAUUUAUACCAAGAGCCAGAAGUCCACCCACGGCCGUUCUCCCUAAAAGGAUUCGUAGGCAAGGGGCGAGGCAGUGUCUUGAAUAUGGGUGUCGGCUAUGGCAACGGGGAGAGACCAGACGGUCGCUUCAGUGACGCCGACGGACUGGGUGGGGGUUAUGAUGACAUGUGGGGGGAAGGGGGCAAUAUGACUAGAGGCAAGGGGCGGGGCCGAGGCAGGGGGUGGCGGCCAUAUUUUGCGAACCAAAUGAAAAGUGCGCGCCAGACUAACUACAUCGGCAACAUGGAGUCGGAUAAUGCAGCGAUGGAUGUGGACGGCGAGGAACAAGAAUUUCGGGAAGAUGCUGUGGAAGAAGGAAACGUCGAGUCUGAGAAAGAAUCUGAUCAGGACGAGGGGGAAGAUGACAUGGAGUCUGAGGAUGAAGCAGAGGAUGGAGACAAGGCUGAAUCGGAUCAGGAGAUUGAAGACCCUAGGAAGCUUUUCAUCGGCGGUCUGCACGCCAAGACGACAGAGGAGAACAUGAAGGAGCAUUUCAGUGCCUAUGGGACCGUAGAGAGUUGCACCAUCGCCAGAGACAGGUCCAUGUUCAACAAGAAGGGAAAGCACAAUGGCUCCAAGGGGUUUGGCUUCAUCACGAUGUCUUCUGCUGAGGAGGCCCAAGCUGUGCUGAGGGAGAAGCACACGCUACAAGGAAGACAAGUGGCUGUAACCAUAUCGAAGCCAUUAAGUGCACCAGAGCGUAAGUUGCGGCUGAGCGUGUCCCAUUUAGACAAGGUGAAGACCACAGACGAUUCCUUGAGGGACUACUUCAGUAAGUUUGGCACGGUGACCAGCUGCCGCGUCAGCAAAGAGGAGGUGGACGGCAAGAUGGUUAGCAGGGGCUUCGGCUUCGUCACCAUGGCGCUGCAGGAGGAGGUUGACACCAUCAUCAGUGAGAACUCCCACGGUCGGCAGAUAAUUGACGGGGCCAAAGCGGAGGUCAAACAAGUCCACGUCGACAGAAAUAAAAACAAGAGGCGACAGAUAUACAUAGGUAACCUGGACCCAGAAAAGACCACAAAAGACGACAUCCGGGCGUACUUCAGCCAGUGGGGGAACAUCCAGGACCUGACUAUGCCCCGCAAGGGGCGCGACGCCAUCGCCGUCAAAAAGACCUAUGCCUUCGUCAGAAUGUGCAAUCAAGAGGACUUCGAGAAAAUCAUCAAGGCUCAUGAGGGGGAGCAGGAGUACAGGCUCCACGACCGACUGCUGGACGUCAGGCGGGCUUUUACUGUGGAGAAUAACGAAAAACUUCAAAAGUUUUACGUGGGCGAGCUGGACAAGGAAAAGACAACAGAAACCGAUCUGACGGAGUACUUCACUGCGUUCGGCACUGUCGUCGAAUGCACCCUGGUACGAGAGGCCCCCGAGGUCGAAGGUCAAGAAGGAGCCUCCAAGGGGUAUGCUUUCUUAUUGAUGUCAACGAUCGAGGAAGUGGACGCCAUCUUGAAGCACCCCACACCCCAUGUCCUGCACGAAAAAGAGCUGGUCGUCAACAGGGCAUCCCCGCACACAUUACAUCGUGCGAUGAUAACCGAUCGCAUCAACAAAAUGAACGUCACAAACUUCAAGGGAACAGACAUCACGGAGGACGACCUGCGGGAAUACUUCGGCAAGUACGGCAACAUCGUGCGCAUGGAGCUCCCCUUUCACAGAAAAACGAGCAAGCAGCUGGGUUUUGCCGUCAUCGAGAUGGACAACCAUCACGACAUUGAGAAACUUGCAAUUAUGCACGAGCAUUAUAUCAGGGACCACCGGUGCGUUGUGACCAAGUUCAAGAGGAAAGACGCAGAACAGAAAGCCAAACUCAAGAAGAAAGAAAGGAAGAAGAGACAGGAGACGGUCAGAGGAAGGGGAAGAGGUUUCUCAAGAGGAGGUGGCUGGGGUGGUGGGGGUCCCCCUCGAGGUGGGAGGGGCUUUCCUCAGUGGAAUGGGGGAGGGGGUCGAGGAAGAGGUCGUGGCGGUUGGGGCCGAGGUGGAGGCGGUGGGGGUGGUGAGUGGGGCAACUUUGGUGAAUACGGCGACGGAUACUAUCAGGGCUGGGAGUCAAGCUGUGGACCAAUGAGAGGCUUCCCUGGUCGCGGGCGAGGCUUCGGAAAUCACAACAGAUGGGGCGGUGGGGGGUAUGACGCCUGGGAUGACGGUUAUGCCGCCUGGGACGACGGUUAUGCCGGUGAUGGCUGGAGGGGUGGAUUCGGCAAUGGCAGGGGGCGGGGGCGUGGGCGGAGACCGGGCCGGGGACCGGGCCCAAGGGGUCAGCGGCGAGGAAGGGGUGGCCAGAGAGGCCGUCCAUAUUAGUCACGUGACCCUGGGGUAUCUUCAGCUGCAUACGUAUAAGUGCCAUUGGAUAGUACAUCAGUAAGGGUGGAAAUACACACAAGCCGUUUGGACUAAAAUGAAUUACCAUGAUCAAUUUGGAGCCGUCACAAAAAGUGUCAUAUUCUUUCACUGUUUUGGAAUUGAUGCAUGUACAAAUUUGGUUUUCUUCGUUUGUGUGUGUGUUGUCUUAUUGAAAUUUCUCCCUCAGUUGAUGGGGGACGGACAAUUGUGCAUUAUUGGGGAAUGUGACAGGUGUUAUUGGCCUCCAGGAAUGCUAAGUUGUGCCCAAUUGGCCUUGUAGUGAUUACAAUUCUCUGUCACAUUGGCUUUGAUGUACAGGUUUCCUUUCAAAAACAUUGACCAGAUUGUUGUGAGAAAUGCCUCGUUUCUUCGUCACAGUAUUUUACCAGAGGUUCCCUUAUUCUCACACGCAUAGAGCGGCACCGACAUUUUGAAUAAAUCUCAUUCAAAUUAUCAAUACUGUAACAUGGGUCUGUUUACCUUUCUGGCACAUUACUCACUGCUUUCAGGAUAUUUUGGCCCAUAUUGUACAUUUAAUUGAGUUACAAUGUUUGCCUUAUUCUUGACAAGUUAAGGUCAUUCAAUUUAUCAAUGACAUCAGAUAAAUUGUUUAAGGUUCUUCUUGUUAGAAUUUCGCACUGUGCCGUCAAACAUUUGAUUGGAGUAUCAUAUGUAGAGGGUGGAAUGACAUACUGUAUGAUUUCCUAGUUGGGAUAAGUGAUUUUCCGCAUCAGCGUGUGAAAUUGGCAGUUGAGCAUUGAGCUACUUCUCAUGAAGGCAUGACCACACCAGUUGCUUGACAGAUUUGGCGAAACCUUUCAAUGUAUCAUGGAUUCCUGUCA